CACAGACGUGAAAAAUGUCAACAAACAACGCCUUAGAAGACUCAAUAGUGAUUCUGGAGGAGGUGGAGGGAACGAGACCUUUGGCUGGUGGAACAGGCAUUGAACUCGAGGUGUUGUAUGAUGGCCAAGCAGAAGAAGUGCAGCAUGUGCCUCAGCCCCAGCCACCUCAGCAGCAAUCAAAAGCACAGCCAUCCCGUCCUCCACUCCGGCAGCAGCCACAAAGACAGCGACGGCCAGUGCAACAGUACCAGCAGCAACAACAAGAACAGCAGCAGCAAGCAGCUCAGCAAAGACUUCAGCGACAGCAGCAGCGGCAACAGCAGCAGAGACAGCAGCAGCAACAGAGAGCUCAGCAACGGCAGGCUCAGCAGCAGCAGCAGAAGCAACAGCAACAACAGCAGCAACAGCAGCAAGCACAACAAAGAGGAGUGAAGCGGAAGGACAGUGAGGUUCAAGUUGUGGGCCAAACAAAGGCUCAGAAAACAGGUCGAGGGGAGGUUGGAGGAGCUGGUACUCUCAAGUACAGGAAAAGGAUCCCUGAUAAUGAUGUUGAGAUCGUCUUCGAGUGGGACCCAGCAAAGGUUAUUGCUGAGCGUCAGAGUGUCGAUGAAUGGGUAGCUCGUAAUGUCAUAAGUAUGUUUGACCAAGAAAACACCUUGCCAUUUAUCGCACGGUACAGGAAAGAGAGAACUGGGAAUAUGGAGGUUGAGAAACUUAGAGAGAUUCAAAAUGCAUACUCACAGCUCAAGCAUGUACAAGAGCGAGUUUUAAAGAUCCUGAAAGGAGAUCGCAAGCGUCUACCAGAAGACCGUAAAGCCUCCCUGUUGAGGGCAACUACCAUGCAUGAAGUGGAGCAUCUGACAGCAGCCUACAAAGGGAGUGGGAAGCGCACAUAUGCAGAGAGAGCUCGAGAACUUGGUCUGGAGCCAGCUGCACUCGAGGUUAUGCAGGGAACACAUAAUAAAUUUUCAAAUCGCCAGGAGUUGUAUUCUCUUAUGGAUCUGAAUAAAGAAGGUCUACGGACAAUUGAGGAAGUUGAGCAGGGGCUCCAGCACAUUAUAGCAGAUGUCAUAAGUAAAGAUCCCCAAGUCCUUGACUGUGUACGACAACUCAUGAAAUUGUGUAAACCAGUUUUAGAAUGCAAUAAAGCACGCAAGCAGAUGAAACGCGACCAGGGUAAAAUGGUCAGUCGUGGACCAGGCCCCAGUGAUGAUCUUUGUGCCAAAUAUGAAAAUUAUUUUGAAUAUAAGAACCUGGCUUGGAACACAAAACCACAUUCGAUGCUGGCCAUGAAUCGUGGUGAACACCAGGGAGUUCUUUCCGUAAAGGUUGCCAUACCGGACAAUACAUAUGUCCAUUUCUUCAACUACUGUCAGCAAAAAUGGUUAGGGAUGGCACCACCACACUACUACAGGACACAGCUGGUUAUGAUGAGCAUUGAAGACAGCUGGGAGAGGCUUGGCAAUAUAAAAGUGGCAGAUCUGUGUGUUUGCUGCCAACUUGCGGAAGCUUCUCCUAACCCCGUGAGACUUCUAUAUGGCAUUUUACAAAGCAAACAAAGGAUAAGAAAUGGAUGUAAGAUUGGUGUGACAAGCCCAACAGGAGAGAAACUCCUCACUACAACAAUCUACCCUUUCCGUGGCAACCAGCACCUUCAAGUGGAGGACUGGUGCAAAGACCACAAUGCCAGAACCCUUCGGGAGAUUGUGCACAAAUAUAGGUGCGAGCUGUUUGCAAUUGGUAAUGGAACAGGAUGCAGAGAGACAGAGACUUAUCUCACACGCCUCAUCGCUCAAAAGUGCUUUGAUCCGUAUAAUGUCCAGUAUACCAUCAUCAAUGAAACAGGAGCAUCACAGUAUUCAGUCUCCCCAGAGGCACGAACUGAGUUUCCUGGCCUGGACCCCAAUCAUAUCAGUGCCCUGUCAUUAGCCAGGAGAUUACAAGACCCAUUAUUGGAGUACAUCAAGGUGCAUCCAAUGCACAUGGGAGUGGGCAUGUACCAGCAUGACAUACCAGAACGCAUCCUGCAUGCUUCUCUAGAUUCAGUCAUGACAGAGUGUGUGUCAUUUGUGGGCGUUGAUAUUAAUUCAGCUUCAGAAUUUGUUUUAAGGAAACUCUCUGGACUGAACAAACCAAGAGCAGCUAAUAUUGUGGAGUACAGAAAGACAAAAGGGCCCUUUAUAAACAGAGAACAGCUGAAGUCCGUGAAGGGUAUUGGACCCAGGACAUUUGAACAGUGUGCAGGUUUCAUCAGGAUCAUGCCAGAAACACUGGAAAUGGAAAUUAACAAAACACCGCAGGGAAAGAAGCGAGCAGAAAAGGAAGCUGUGAGCCCGCUUGACCGUACGAUGAUCCAUCCUGAGUCGUAUGGGGCUGCUAUGAAGUUCCUCAGUAUUGUGGGUGUACGAUCACAAGAUAUUGGUGCUGAUCACUUCAUCCGUACUGUAAGACAUUUUAUGCCAACUACAACUUUAGAUGCCUUGUCUGAGCAGUGUGAGACAACACUCCCAACUAUGCAGCUCAUUGUUGAGGGUCUGACACAGCCUCUCGACUAUGAUAUUCGUGCCCAAUUUGAGAAACCACUUUUCCGUAAGGGGAUUACCUCCAUAGAUGAUGUUGCUUUAGGAACUAAAUUAACAGGCACAGUGAGAAAUGUGACCCACUUUGGUGCGUUUGUGGACGUUGGCUUAGGGAAUGACGGCUUGGUCCACGUCACCAAGAUGGCUGGGGUGAGGCUGGAGCUUGGCAACAUUGUGGAGGUGUCAGUUAUCUCCAUUGAGAAGGAGCGUGGUAGGAUUGGCCUCAUGCUAGAGCGGUUGAUUGGUUGAUGAGUAUGCGUGGCAAAGUUUGAUGGUUUUUUAUUUACAAGAUGUUUGAUUUUUUUCUUUAUUACUUUUUUAUCCAUUUCAGGCAACUUAUUGCCUUUUUUAAUGUAAACAGAUAAACAGCUGUGCCUUCUCAAGACGCAUUAUAUCUUAAGCUGUCUCUAAUGGAAGAUAGUAUGUCUAUCUGACUCUGUCAGUUGCAUUUUUUUUAUUUUUUUUUAUUGUUGUUGUUAUCAUAGGAAUUAUUUGAUUGUGUUGGCCAGUCUUCCUGUAUAUUAGUUGCAGAGUGUAGGUGAUCCCCUUCCCUAUCUGUUUUUCAGGUAUGCCUACAUUUCUGUUUUAUUCUCCUGCUUCUUUUUUUUUCUUCAUUUUCUUUCCUUUCAGUCUUUCAUGUAUUCAGCUUUUUGUUUUAUGAUUUUCAUUCUCUUCAUCAUU